AUGCCGCCUGAACGUCCUGUGGUCUUACUUAUGGACUCACAUUCUGCACAUAUUGGAGCAGAAGUUCUUAAAGUUGCGAAAGAUAAUCAAGUUUAUUUAUUUACUUUCCCAGCUCAUUGCACGCAUCUAUUGCAGCCACUUGAUGUAGGAAUAUUUAAGCCACUUAAGAGUUACUGGCGCGACAGCAUGAAUCGGUACAUGAACGAUAACCCUAGGGAUGCUCCAAAUCGUAGCAUCUUCCAUUCCAUAAUGAAUCCAGCAUUUAUAAGCGCCUUUACUGAAAAAAACAUCGAGAAUGCUUUUAAAAAAACAGGCAUAUGCCCUUUAAACGACAAUGUAGUUCCAAAAGAAGCAUUACGACCUUCAUCUUUAACUGACACUGCUCCUGCUUCUUUACCUACAACUUCAACAAACGCAGCAUCUGAAAGUUGUACUUCAAAACUAGAACUCACAGUUAAAUACCCAAAGCUUUAG